GUCAAUUGACAAGUGUCAACUAGUUUCAGGCAGCAGUAAAUAAUAUGAAAAACUGAAAACAAUAACUCUAUAUAGUUAAAUAAAAAGCGGUCUAAUGGAAUUUAUAGAGCUUAUACUUAUUAACAAAUUAGAUGGAGUGAUAUUGAAAUACCCUCAUCAUGAUAACGUUGACGGAACAGUCUGCAUAACUGGACAUCACCUUAUUUUGAGUUCCAGAAAAGAAGGCGUUCGUGAGCUAUGGCUUUUACACAAGAACAUAGACAGCAUAGAAAAAAAAGAAAACAAGUUGAGCGGUGGUAUAGUUCAAGGUGGAUCACUCUUCUUGAAAUGCAAGGACCUCAGAAUAUUUCAAUUAGACAUCAGCAACACCACAGAGCUGAACCUCGUCACUCAGACCCUGGAGAAUCUAUCCAGCAUACAGGAUCCAACACUUUUCUAUCCAUUCUUCUAUAGACAUAUGCAUCCCAUUAUGGAAAAUGGAUAUACAUUGUAUAGUGUUGAAGGUGAAUUUACCAAAGUAUUAGCUACAGAAGAAUGGCGCAUAUCCCGUGUCAAUCAACAUUACACAAUAUGCCCCGGUUAUCCCAAAGGAGUGGUGGUUCCCAAAAGCAUAGACGACGACACCUUGGCAGCCGCUGCUACUUUUAGACAGGGCGGAAGAUUCCCUGUUCUUUCUUACAGGCAUAAUAAUGGUGCUGUGUUGCUAAGAGCUGGUCAGCCACUAUAUGGACCGAAGCAUCGACGCAGCCGACCUGACGAAGCGAUUCUGAAUUCUGUUGUAAAUAUCGGAAUGAAGGGAGUCAUCUAUGAUCUGCGGAGUUCUAAUUCUAUAUCGCAGCAGCAAAAUAAGGGAGGUGGAACGGAGAGCGCGGCCAAUUAUUCCCAGUGGAAAAUAUACAACAGAUCAAUGGACGACGUGGAUAACCAACAGCAACUGGCCGAAAGUUUUUCAAAACUUAUCGAAGUUUGCGUGGAUCGGGAAGUGUCUUGUGAUAAGUGGUUAUCGAGGUUGGAAUCGAGCGGGUGGCCGGAAUCGGUCAGGAAUUCACUGCACACUGCCUGUAUCGUGGCUCAGCAUAUACACCAGAAAGCGGAACCUGUUCUCAUACACGGAACGCGCGGAGAGGACGCGACGCUGCUCGUCUGUUCGCUCGUGCAGAUCAUACUGAACCCCGACUGCAGGACUAUAAGGGGUUUUCAAGCGCUCAUAGAACGGGAAUGGCUCCAAGCCGGUCAUCCAUUCGGGACUCGUCUCCGCUCUGGACCGUACUCGUCCGCACAACCUCGAUCAGCUCCAACCUUCCCGCUGUUCCUGGAUUGCGCGAGACAGUUCCUGGAACAAUUUCCAUGCAGCUUCGAAUAUAGGCAGUGUUUUUUGAUCACGCUCUUCGAACACGCUUAUGCUAGUCAGUUUGGUACCUUCAUCUGUGAUAGUGAUCAAGAGCGCGAGACUCGUGGAGUAUACGAUCAGACAACGAGUAUAUGGUCAUGGAUCAACCAGCCCGAUGAGCUGACCAACUACAUCAAUCCACUUUAUGACCCUACACCGAACGUUGUGUGGCCGUCUGUCGCUCCCAUGAGUUAUGUUAUUUGGGAAGAACUCUACCUCCGUUGGUUAGUAGUCCAACGCACCGAAGAUAGAGAAGACCAAUACAAAACUAUACGUACGAGGGAGCAACAUUUACGUGCGCAGGCGCUCCAACUGCGACGGGAGCUGCUGGAUCUCGCGCACCAAUACUAUGACGAGAAUAAAUGAACAGGUCAGAUCUAGUCGACUUUUGUGUACCCGAAUUUAGUUUAUAAGUAAUUAUUUUAGAAACGGUGUUCUUAGACAAAAUUCAUUUAAUGAUUAAUGAAAUUACUAUUAUCGUCACUAGUUUUAAUCCGCGGUUUCGUUUUUAUUCAUUUUCCAGGGAGAAUAGCUCAAACGCUCUCUCUGUGCCAAAAAUCGUACCGAUAUGGUGAAAAAUUACCAGAAC